GGCUGUACAUCUGUCGCCGGCAGAAGAAGGGAGGAGAGCUCUUCCCAGCAGGAUCCUUCAGGCUGGGGCUCAGAGGGCCAGCCUCUCCUGCUAUCUCCUGAGUCCGAUUCUUCCUGGCUAUCACCUCUCCCCUCUGUUAUGGCGGCUAUCACGGACCUUUCUUUUAUGUACCGCUGGUUCAAGAACUGCAAUCUGGUCCGCAACCUCUCGGACAAGUACGUCUUCAUCACAGGCUGUGACUCGGGCUUCGGGAACCUCCUGGCCAGGCAGCUGGUUGAUCGGGGCAUGCGGGUGCUGGCUGCUUGCUUCACUGAGGAAGGGGCUCAGAAGCUUCAGCAGGAUACCUCCUCCCGGCUGCAGACCACGCUGUUGGAUGUCACCAAGACCGAGAGCAUCAAAGCAGCAGCCCAGUGGGUGAGGGACCAAGUGGGCGAGCAAGGCCUCUGGGCCCUGGUGAACAACGCUGGUGUGGGCCUGCCCAGUGGUCCCAGUGAAUGGCUGACCAAGGAGGACUUCGUGAAGGUGAUCAACGUGAACCUGGUGGGAGUGAUCGAAGUGACCCUCCAUAUGCUGCCCAUGGUCAAGAAAGCCCGGGGCAGGGUCGUCAACAUGUCCAGCUCUGGUGGCCGUGUGGCUAUUAUUGGUGGCGGCUACUGUAUCUCCAAGUUUGGCGUCGAGGCCUUCUCUGACAGCCUGAGGCGUGAGCUCCACUACUUCGGGGUGAAAGUCAGCAUCAUUGAGCCGGGGAACUACCGGACAUCCAUUCUGGGCACGGAGAGCACGGAGAAGCGCAUGCUCGAGCUGUGGGAGCGGCUGCCUCAGGAGACCCGCGAGAGCUAUGGAGAGGAGUACUUCCGUAUCUAUACUGACAAGUUAAAGAACAUGAUGCAGUUGGCAGAGCCAAGGAUCAGAGAAGUCACCAACAGCAUGGAGCAUGCCAUUGUUUCCCGGAGGCCCCGCAUCCGCUACAACCCUGGCCUGGACGCCAAACUCCUCUACCUCCCCUUGGCUAAGUUGCCCACCCCUGUGACAGAUUUCAUCCUAAGCCUCUACCUUCCAAGGCCAGCAGACAGUGUCUGAGCUGGGGAAGCCCAAGGGGUGGAGAGUGGCGUGGAGGGGGGGGUGGUGAGGGAAGGCACUGCAAGGUCACAUGAGGGGGUAUCAGAUGUUCUGGGGGCACCUUGCUUGGCUGACACCCUACUUGCUGCUGGUGAAUUUAUGGGUAACUUCUAACAGAAGAUGAGUGCCUCUUCCCACUCACUGGGACUGCACAGAAACCUGGGGUGGCCUUUGCAGGUUCAAGGACUUGCAGCCUGGCCCCAGGAACAUCUGUCACUCAAUCAGGAUAUGGUUUUUUCUUGACCUGGAGGAGUCUAGGAAAGGAAAGCUAGCUCCUGCUGAGUCAUGAGCCUCCCGUAGUUAUCACCACCACUGGGAAAUUUUGUGGGAUAAUAUAGCCCACAGGAGAACUCAACCGCUUUCCUCCUGUGUCUCUCAAUAUGCCUUCACCUCAUUCACACAACCCAUUAUUUGAAGUUUGCAGUAGGACAGACAGGAAGUGCAAGAUCAUAUCGUGCACAAGUUUAUGAUAGUAUUUUCUGUCUCUUUUAUGGAUUUCUGUGGCCAUAGGUGAUUGGGACCCACAUGAAAUAACAUUCAUUUAUUUAAUCACCAUUGAUUAAUUCUUCAGAUAUUUAUUGAGUGCCUCCUACAGACCAGGCGCUGUGCAGCUGCUGGGAGAAUACAAAUGUGAUUAAAUCAUGGUCUUGGUUUUUCACUCUUUA